CUUCUUCAUGCUGCUGUCCGCGGUGUGCGUGAUGCUGAACCUGGCGGGGUCCAUCCUCUCCUGUCAGAACGCCGAGCUCGUCAGCUCCCUGGAAGGCUGCCAGCUGAUUAAGUUCGACAGCGUAGAGGUGUGUGUCUGCUGCCAGCUGCAGCACCGGCCGGCCGGCUGCGGCAACCUCGGGGAGACGCUGAAGCUGAACCCGCUGCGGGAGGACUGCGACGCCGUGAGGCUGGCCCUGAAGGACCUCCUGCUCAGCGUGUGUGCCCUCAACGUCUUGUCCACGGUGGUGUGCGCACUGGCCACAGCCACGUGCUGCAUGCAGGUGGUGUCCUCUGACGUCCUGCGCAUGAGGUCACGGUCGGGGCCCCCUGCCUGCGUGCCCCCCCAGGGCACUGUCCUACCCCAGAGUCUGGACCUGGAUGGGUUCGUCCCGCCCCUCCCGCCUCCACCCUACUACCCGCCGGAAUACAGCUGCACGCCGCCCGCCGACACCCGGAGGCACCCCCCACUGGGCUCCCCUGCCUGCCCCUUCCACACUCUACAAGAUGCCGGCCCCACCAGCCCCAGCCUGCCGUCCCCCGCAGAGCUUCCCCCACCAUACGAGGCCGUGGUGGGCCCAACCCCUGCCAGCCAGUUCCUGCCUCGUGCUCUGCUGUGGCUGCCUGUUGGUCACCGUCACCUCCCGGGGACCUGGACGCCCAGGAAGCUAACCGACAGCCAGAGGCCUACACACGGUCUGCAGACGGCAGCCGCAUUCACUAGCGGACAGCGGGGCGUGGAGGCCAAGCUCCAGGAACGCGGGCACCGUGACCUCCCGGCUGAGGUGCGGCUGGCAGCUGGCACCUCUAGGCAGCGCCCUGUUGACGAGGCUGUCUGCAGGGCCAGCAUCCUGGACCUCGUGUAAGGCGGUCACGGGCCGA